CCUCAGACCGUUCGUGUCCGUCCAGUCUCGCCCUUCUCUCAUGAGCUUCUUCUCUUCUCGAGCCACCGCCCGGCGCCCCCGCAUCUCCGGCUUCCCGUCGACCCGCCGCCGGGCCGCUGCCAAUCUCUCCUCCUCCGCCGUCCGCCUGGCCGGCGACCGGCCGUCCGACUUCGCGAUCGUCGUGUCCCGAGUCCGCGCCGGGAGCAGCGAGCACGAGGUCCUCCGCUCCCUCGAGUUCGACCCCUCCUGCGCCUCCGUCGAGGUCACCCACGGCCUCGUCGAGCGGCUGCUCGACCGGUUCCGGGACGACUGGAAGGCCGCCCUCGGCGUGUUCCGAUGGGCCGGGCGGCGCGUCGAGGCCGGCCGCGUCUCGCCGGAGGCGUGCGACGCGAUCGUCGACAUCCUUGGGAAGAGCCGGCGGAUGGAUAGGAUGAGGGAGGUCCUGGAGGAGAUGAACCGGAGCAAGCUCGUGAGGCUCGGCACGGUGGGGAAGGUGAUGCGGAGGUAUGCCGGCGCGGGGCUGUGGGAAGAGGCGGUCGAGGUGUUCGAUGAAUUGGGGGACUUCGGUUUGGAGAGGAACACCGAGUCGAUGAACUUGCUGCUGGACACGCUUUGCAAGGAGCGUCGAGUCGAGCAGGCGCGCGCGAUUAUGCUGCAGCUCAAGCCUCACGUUUUGCCCGAUGCGCACACGUUCAAUAUCCUGAUCUUCGGUUGGUGCAAGAUUAAUCGAGUCGACGAGGCGCAGUGGACUAUCCAGGAAAUGAAGGGCCACGGGGUUCGGCCCUGUGUCAUUAGCUACUCGACGAUCGUGCAGUUCUAUUGCCGUCAGGGCAAUUUCAAUAAGGUCUAUCAACUGUUCGACGAAAUGCGGGAUGGGGGGUGCCCGCCGAAUGUGGUCACUUACACCACGGUCAUGCAUUAUUUGGCGAAGUCGGAGGAGUUCGAUGAAGCGCUACAGUUGGCUGAGAGGAUGAAAUUGGAUGGGUGCGAGCCGGAUACGCCCUUCUACAAUUGCUUGAUCCAUGUGCUCGCGAGAGCUGGGCGAGUUCAUGAUGCGGUCGAUGUUUUUGAGGUGGAGAUGCCUGCUCGUUGUGUGAGACCAAACACGCCUACCUACAAUACCGUGAUUUCAAUGUUCUGUCACCACGGUCAAGUUCAGAAGGCGAUGGAUCUCCUCCAAGAAAUGGAAGAGUCAAAUUUUGCGACACCUGAUGUUCAGACUUACUAUCCCUUGCUGAAGUCUUGCUUUAAAUCUGGAAAAACUGAUAGCUUUUUGAGCAGAUUGUUGGAUGACAUGGUCAACAAGCAUCACCUCAGUUUGGAUGUCUCAGCAUACACACUUCUAAUUCAUGGGUUAUGCAGAGCGGACAAAGCUGAUUGGGCUUACCUUCUGUUUGACGAGAUGGUUGGUCAAGAAAUAACUCCAAGGUUUCAGACAUGUCGUUUGAUGCUGGAUGAAGUGAGACAGAAGAACAUGUAUGAUGCCGCUGAGAGGAUUGAGGAUUUCAUGAAGAAAUUAUGAGCACAAGCAGGUGCUGGAAGCCUUAUUUUGAUGCUUACAUUGUUAACCAGAAAGUUGCUCAACCGUCGCAGGCUGUUAAGACAGCAUAGGACAACUGCGGCUGGUGGUGGAUGAUGAACAGCCAGAGGCCAGAAUCGACAUCUGCCUACAGCAACGAAAAUCCAUUGUAAAUGGAGUUUCCGGCAAAGUGAGCGCUACAAAUGACAACACCGUUUGCUUGCCAUCUCAUCUUUUGCCAAGGAAUUCACCGAAAGCCUUGAAUGAAGGGGAUUGCAACGGACGCCUGAUGCGACUUCAUGCCGUGCAAGUGCUUGGAGAAGACAAACACAAGGGACUCAAAUAGUCGUCCAGCGAAGAAAUAGUGUAGAUGUGAUAAGAUUUUAGAGCCAAGAGAAAGUGUAUUGUGUCGUUCGUAUCACGUGAGACAAUGAUGGAAUAUUUUCACUUGAUAUUAGAUGAUUAAUUGACAUGUCUUUUUGGACCAAAUGAAAAUGCUUAAUUGGUGUAAUGGUGGAACAAUAGUCGACUGUUGAGCUGUAGCCUCAAUGAGGAUCUUGGCGACAAGAUAGGAAGUGCUUUUGUACUAAUUAAAUCAAAGAUUUGAUUAUCAUUGU